CUCCUCGAUAGCACGGCGCUGCGAAGUAGCCCGGCGGUUCCCACGGCCAUCCCGGCCACAUUCUGGCUGAUCAAAGGCUCGUCCGGCCAAGAAGAAAAGCUUGACUGGCUACAGAUUCGGUAAGUGAACGAAGCGUGGGCGGGAUCGCUGCGUCCGCUGUCCUGCCACGGGCCCUGUAUCCGUCCUCCGAAUUUGAGAUGGCGUCUCAGAUGCAGCCCUCGAGUCGCAACGCGGGCUAUAAGGUCCAUUGGCCACCCACCUUCGUUUCCACCGAGCGUUUUCUGUUGGAUAUCAGCUAGCAGAGUACCUUCCACCAGUUUCUCUACCUAAUAUCCUUCACAUUCCUUUCCCUUCACUUCUUCUCUCCGUCCCUGGUUGGACCUUAAGGAAAUUUAUAAUUCUUCAAAGCAAGUCUUUGCUGGCUGUCAAUCAUUCUCGGACCGUCCCUUUACAAGUACAAGCACAACUUAAUCCAGCAAAAAUGCCUAGCCUACGAACAGCUCUCCAGUGGCUCUUGGUCGCCGCACCGGCCGUGACGCUUGCCCUUCCAGCUCAACGGAAUGUCUUGACCCCAAGGAUAGUAGCCCGCCAGGAAGCGGCUCCUUCUGCGUCGUCAAGUUCCGCAGCACCUGCUGCUUCUGCACCUCCAGCAGCGGCACCGGCUCCAGGAGGUGGAUUGACUGACAUCGACAUCCUGCAAUUUGCUCUGACCGCAGAACAUCUCGAGUCUGCCUUUUAUCAGCAAGGUUUCGCCAAGUUCCCCAUGAGCGAUUUCCAGGCUCUUGGCCUCAGUGACACAAAUAUCAAGUCUCUCCAGCAAGUUGCACAGACCGAGGCUACUCACGUGUCGACUCUUCUCAGCGUCAUAUCCGGAGCUGGUACCCAGCCAGUCCAGCCUUGCCAGUACAACUUCGCUUUCACUGAUGCGAAGGCAAUGGUUGCCACUGCCCGUGUUCUUGAGGCUGUUGGCGUCUCUGCCUAUCUCGGAGCCGCUCCAUUGAUCAACUCCUCCGACAUUCUGUCUGCCGCUGCUUCUAUUGCGACCGUCGAAUCUCGCCAUCAGAGCUUCAUCCGUGUAGCUUCUGGAGCUGAGCCUGUACCCGCCGCUUUUGACACUGCUCUUGGGCCCCGCGCCGUCUUCACACUUGCCGCUCAGUUCAUCCAGUCCUGCCCCGAGGGUUCCAACCUCAACAUUCAGCCGUUUCCCGCCAUCGCUCUUCAGAACCCUGAGAAGGCGACCGUUGGACAAAACUUGGCUUUGGCGGACGCUUCUCAGCCUGCUGGUGCUCAAUUCUGUGCCUUUGUUGCUCCUGGUGGCAAUCAAUUCGAGCCUCUCACCAAUGGCAACUGUGUUGUGCCGCAGAAUCUUUCGGGUGAAGUAUACAUGAUGCUCACCAAGUCCAAGUCGGUCGCCGAUGCCGAGGUCCUUGCUGGCCCGUCUGUGAUCCAGCCUUCAUAGUCGCAGAUGGAUGAAUAUCAUGGUCAGCCGCCGUCUUUAUUGUUUCGAGUUUCAUGACAUUCUGAGCGUUAGAGGUCCUCGCAUAUGAGCGUGUACGACACAAGAGAUUUACCUUCAUUACAGUCGUUGAAAUACAAGCGUUGAUCUCAAGAACUUUUUAUUUUCUAUUUGUUGGGACCUAUUUUGUCUAGAUGGAGAAAACAACGUAUGUAUGAGGCCUGUGGAUUUAGCAAGCCUGCGGAAUACCCCCCAAUUUUUAUGCGAGGAAGGAAAGUUGUAGUUUUUUUGAGCUGAAUUUGUUCGGGAGUCCUGAACGGUGGUUAAUGGUUCACCGUUGAACGGGCCUGAAAUCAAG